GGCGGGCUGUUGGCGCAGGCGCAGUGAGGGGCCGAGUCUGGUGCGUGUCGGACGGUUGGAGAGUAAACGGCCGACGGCGGCGGCGAUGGGCGGAAAAAACAAACAGAGGACGAAGGGCAACGUGCGGCCAUCCAGCAGCAGUAAAGCAGCUGAGCUGUUGGUUAAAGACAAGGGAACAGUUCCAGGUUUUGUUGGGUUUGGACCCUCACAGAAUGAACUGGGAUAUGUUCCUGCAGUCCAAGGCUUUGAGGAAGUGGAUAAUUCGGUGGAUCCUGAUUUUCGUAUGGUUCUGCGCAAAAUGUCCAAAAGAGAUGCAACUACAAAACUAAAAGCUGUUCAAGAAUUUGGGGCAAUGUGCAAAGAAAGGGACCCUGAGACUAUAAAAGCAGUUCUUCCUUAUUGGUCAAGGAUCUACUGCAAAAUAUCUCUGGACCACGACCGACGGAUUCGAGAAGCUGCUCAGCAAGCUUUUGAGUUGCUGGUCUUUCAAGUGAAACGGAAUUUGGCACCUUACUUGAAGAAUAUUAUGGGAUACUGGCUCAUUUCACAGUGUGAUACAUAUACCCCUGCAGCCUCUGCAGCAAAACAAGCAUUUCAAGCUGCUUUCCCACCACCUAAACAGCCGGAGGCAAUGGCUUUCUGUAAAGAAGAGAUUACGAAUAUUCUUUAUGAUAAUAUCAUGAAAGAGACUCCAGAUACACUCAGUGACCCACAAAGUGUUCCAGAAGAAGAAAGAGAAGGCAAAUAUCAAAGAGUUGUGACAAGCUCACUAUUGGCUCUAAAGAAGCUACUUGAUCUGCUGCCUGAAAAUGAGUGCAUGAUUCUGAAAGAUAGACUGAUGGAACUUCUAUCUCAACCCAAGUUCUGGAAGUACAGCAAACAUAAAACCCCACAGAUCCGUUCAGCUUUCUUUGAAUUGAUUGUUGCCUUUUGUCAGCAUCUACCUGAGCUGAUGAAGGCUGAAGCUGCUAAAGUAUGCUCGGCAGUGCUGCUGAACAUUGAUGAUUCUGACCCUGUUGUAUGUCCGUCCAUUUGGGAAGCAAUACUUUACGUUCUCACCUGCAUUGAGGAUUGCUGGAGCCAUGUAAAUGCGAAGAAAGGAGUUUUGCCCAAAUUAUGGACAUUGCUUAAAGAAGGUGGCCGGGGCUUGGCGACUGUUGUCUAUCCUAGUCUCUUGCCAUUUAUCAGCAAACUACCCGAAGAAGUAAUUGGAUCAAAGAUGGAUUUUUUCACCAUUUUCUUCAGUACAUUUAACAAAGGGUUAGUGAGCGAUCGUGCAGCAGUAAGCUGCUCGGAGAGUUCAGCAAUUGUAACUGCAUUUAUGGAAUGCUUGCGCUUCACUUUACACCAGAACUUGGGAGAGGAUGAAGAUCAACAUAAACUCCAACAGAUGUUAAUAAACGAUCAGCUAUUGCCCCUUUUACAAUUUACAUUGAAGACCCCCAAGCUCCAAAAUGGGACAUUCUGCCAUCUAGUAGAUAUCCUUACCUCUUGGGAAAAACGAGUGGAUAAUCCUGAAAUAGAAGAGUGCGCAGGUGCAUACAGAAAACUGCUGUCUAUCUUCUGGGAUGGUCUUUCUCAACUUUGCUUGUCUCAAGUCGCCAGAAUGGAUACGGAUAAAAAUCUUUUAGAUGGUGUCUCUUCUUUACUCCAGUUUUUGGAGAAUCCUGUGAGAUCUAGAAAACAGUCCGUGAAAAAGAAAAGAAGCAUCAGAUUUCUGGAUGAAGCCGAAACUAAAGAUGGUGAAAAUAACAUUGCAAAUCGUAUAGCAAAGAAUGUGCAUGGAUGUGAACAGCUGUCAGUAACUUCUAGGCUUGUUCAGCAGAAUAGCCCUUCCAGAACUGAGCCUUUGGAAAGCCUAGUCCAUGAACUUGCCAAAUUGGCCAUGACAUUUAUCAAGGAACAGAACUCAGAAAAGCAUUUGGAGUUCCUCAUUGGACUGACUAGCUUAUUUCCAUCAAGGAAACUAUUUAUUGUAUUACUGGAAAAUGUUGAUCCAGUGAGUCCUGGGCUUUUCCUUGAAACAAAUGAUGAAGUAAAAGCCAUGGCGAACAAUCCUGCUGUACAAUUUCUGUAUCAGAAACUAAUCUUCUGGUUUAAAGAAUCGAGAGCUGAUUUAAAUUGUUUGGUUGAUAUGCUCUAUAGCGUUCUUCACUGCUGCAACAACAACCAGGAAAGGAAGGUGAUACUGAACCAAAUUUCCGAGAUGGAAUGUGGGUGGCUUAUCUUGCUUCAGAUCAUACAAAAGGCAUGUGCGGACCCUGCAAAGUAUGCUGCUGUUUCUGAUUGGCUGAAAGGAGAAAUACUAGGAGAGAAGCUGGUUGUAUUGACAGAAGAACUCUGUACAAUGGGAAUAACACACAGUACGCAACCAAACGAUGGUGGCGCACAUAGUUGGAUUCUGCUUAGCCUGGCUUUAUCUAAACGUAUUAAUAAUGAAUUCUUGAUUGCUGAAGUUUAUAUAGAAAGGAUAAUUGAAAGACUACAUAAUGCCCUAUCCAAAGCGAAUGACUUGUCAAAAACUGGAACCCAGGAGCCAUCGAUUUCCUUCGUUUGUGAUUUGGCUUCUAAUUUUUUCUGUUCCAUAAAGGGCUGUUUGCAAAUGUCAUCAGCUGGGGAUCUUCUUCUCACAAUCUUCCAGCUCUGUGCCCAAAGCCAGGAGAAGACACUUCUCUCAGAUGUUGAACUACAUAAACUACAGCAAACCUGGUUACUGGGAUUAACAUCAUUGAUCAGUCAACAAGGCGGAUGUUUUAGAAGAGAUGGUUUCUUUCAUAACUCUGCAUUGUGGGUGAAAAAACAAGUCCAAACAUCAGAACUGGAUAUCAAGAGCCUUCAGAUUCUUCUUUCGUGUGUUUGUGUUUUGCUCGAUAAUCUUCUCAAAGCCACCCAGUCUCCUGGUCAUGUUCUACCAACUUUCCUGGAGUACAUGGUACCGAAUAAGUCGGAGUGGGAAAAUCUGAGGCAAAAGCUUAAUUCUCAAUGGCUGAAUAAGGUGCUUCUGAAAGGACAGAUAAGUCUGAAUCGGGAUGCCUUGUGCACACGGAUUGAUAGCCAUUCCUCUGAGAAGAUACCAAAUCACUUAUGUGCUGCAGCUUUAUUAACUCAAGUGGCACUGCGAAUACAAGAGAACAAUGUGUUUGAAGAAAAAUAUUUGCCUCUUGUGUGUACACCACAAAUUGCUGCAGAGAUGAUGUACUCCUUGCAGUGGUGUGAAGAAAUGAAGGACUUCUGUCCUGUUUCUGAAUACUGUGGACUGCUUCUUCAACUUAACAUUACACAUGAUAGGCUAAGAAAAGCAUGCAGUACAUUGGAUGAAACACUCUUCAACAGAUCACUGGAAAGUGGUUUGCUGUGGGCUUUAGCUACUUCUCAGUUUAUCUCCAAAAUCAAGGUGGACGGUGAUUAUGAUUUGAAACGAUUGUAUGGCACAGUUGAAAGAUUUUUCCCUUUGACUGAAGCCAAUCUGCAUACUAUUCAGAGUAUUGCUCCAUUUAUUCUCCAAGAAGAUAAGGAGCUUCUUGUGGUCCAGUCUGCUGCAAAGCUUUCUACAAGCAAGGGUACAGAUAUCACCAGUAUUGAUGGAGGAUUUGGGUGCCUUGCUGUUCUCAAUAGCUGCCUACAGAAAGGAGCCAAUAUGGAUGAGCAGUUGUUCGUAGAUGUGCUAAGCACAAUGAUGAAUUGGAGAAAUAAUGAAGAGGAAAUAUUCUUCUUUGACGGCACCUUGGAAAAUCCCAAACCUAAUCUGCUUGGUAUCAACGUGGAAAUUCUACGCUUCUUGCGACUGUUGAUCAAGUAUUUACCAUCUUCAGUAACAGCUGAGCAAUGGGACUUUGUUAUGUGCUCUAUGUUAACCUGGUUACAGACCGUUUGUGAAACAGUUACGCUUGAAUCUUCCCCCCUGAUGCUGCUUUUUGCUUGCCAAAGUUGUGGCAUGCUAUCUGACCUUAGCAACAUGUUUCAGACCCUAACACCAGAAAUAAGUAAGAAUGUUCCGAGUUUUCUUCCCAGUGAAUGGAGUGAUUUUUUUGUAGAGGAAGCCUACAGUCAGCUGUUGCCACAGCUAAUAAAAAUCCUAGAUCAGUGCAAAGGAACUCUUCUCUUCCCCACCUCGACAUACCUACUGACUGCUUUUGGUGAAGCUGCUGCGGUUACUCCGUUGAAACAAUUGAUUAAUCACAGUUUACCAGCUAAACUUAUUGCUGGUCAGAGUACAAAUCUCCCCGAUAAACUUCAGACACUUCUUAACACGUUUGCUCCAUUACUUCUCUUUCUGGCUCGACCUGUACAAAUUACAGUUUACCAUCUACUACACAAGUUAAUGCCAGAGCUGCCAGUGUUCGACAACGAGCAACUAAAAUCUUGUGAAGACAAUGGGAAUGAUGAGGAGCAUGCUUUAUCUCCACCUGCAGCACUUAUGACAGUGAUUGGUGCUCAAGAAGAAGAUUUGGAAAAUAUUUUCAGUAAUGUACCAGUUGGAGAGUACACAGUAAUUGAGCCGCUAAGUGAAGCUUACUACUGUGUUCUGGGCUAUCUGCUCGCAUGGAAGCUCAUUCUUGUUUUUUUCAAAGCAUCGCAAUCAGAACUGCGGGUUCAAUAUGCAACAUAUCUCCGUAAAAGUAAAUCCUUGCACAAGUUACUGCAGCAUCUCUUCAGGCUAAUGCCAGAAAAUCCAACAAUUCCAGGGCAGGUUUCUGAUUCUAGCAGUAAAGGAACCAAGACGCUAUUCACGGAGCAUCAUACCAUCCUUUUACAAGAGACUGAGAACUUACACACAGAACUUCCACAGCUAGCAUGUUCUGUGUACUACAGUGUAUUGGAAGAUUUGCCAGCCACUGUUCGGCUUUGGUGGAACAGCCAAGACAAACGUAUUUCAAGCACUGUAGAUAGAUACACCAGCAGAUACGUCAGUCAUGUUCUUUCUUCACAGGAAAUAGCUGCUGUGCAAACCAGUACACAAACAUUCACAAGCAUGAUGGUGAAAGCCCGUCCUGCAGCCCGAGAGGUACUUGCUACCUACUCUGUAGAUGAUAUAUUCAUUGAACUUGUUAUACAGUUGCCAACAAACUAUCCUCUUGGGUCAAUUACUGUAGAAAGUGGGAAGCGAGUUGGUGUUGCUGUUCAACAAUGGCGCAACUGGAUGUUACAACUGAACACGUUUCUUAAUCUUCAGAAUGGAAGCAUCAUGGAAGGCCUCACAUUAUGGAAAAGUAAUGUGGACAAACGGUUUGAAGGCAUUGAGGAAUGCAUGAUCUGUUUUUCAGUAAUUCACGGUUCUAAUUGUUCACUUCCAAAAAAGGCUUGCAGAACAUGUAAGAAAAAAUUCCAUUCAGCCUGCUUGUACAGAUGGUUUACAUCCAGCAACAAGUCCACCUGUCCACUAUGUCGAGAAACAUUCUUUUGAGAUCAUUUUACCACGGCCUCUAGUGGAGCCCAAGAGGACUGAUAAGUGAAUCAGACCAAAGAAUUUGGAAAUAAAAAUCAGAAACUGUCAAUGAUUGAACACAACAAAAGGAAUGGAAAGCUUGUAUGAAACACCUCCAUCCAAACUGUGACCUCAGUUAGAAAAAGUAUCCAUAUCUUGACAUUUUAUAAAAGGCAAAUUCACUUUUCCACAAUUAAACUGCAAAUGAAAAAUUAUGUUGUGCCAUAUUUGAUAAAAUGAUCCAUUUUAUUUUUCCUUUGUUUUGGGAAUAAAAUUUGUUUUCCCCAAUACUUGUUCUCUGUGCUCCAAUUGUGCUGAUUCUCUCUUGAGCCUCCCCCGAUGAGUUAUGAAUGAAUCACUAGGUGAUCCUUGAGGGAUGGUCUGGGAAGACCCUGGUCAUUUUCCUUCCCGUCAAAUAUGAGGCAUCUGGCUUCCACCUAGCAUCUCCCCAUGAUAAUAUGGCUGAUAUCAGAAAUGCAACAUAUCAAACAUACCUAACGCAGUGUUUAAAAAUAUAAUUCUUUGUAAUAAAUAUUGAUCUCAUUAAAUGAUAAAAUUGUAAUCCAGAAAUAUUAUACUGUUCAGAUUUGUUGCAAGAAAUGACUACUCAAGACAAUUAGGUUUUCAUCUGCUUGGUUUAGGGCAAAAUACAAACUUGUCCUUCAAUACAAUCUGUUGCCACUUUUACAAUGGUGUCCAUAUUAUUAAAUUUUUAAAAACUA